CCCCACUCGUGGUGUGCAAGUUGAUCAUGAAUUUGCAUAACAAAACAGCAUUGAUACGCUCGUAUUAUAUUUGAUCUGACUAACCACACCGUCACAUCACAAUCUUUGCAGCUCUCGUCGAGGCGCGACCAACUAACUCAAAGGUAAAGUGAACUUGAACAUAAUUCUAGACGAAAAUAUCUUGACUCUGUUAUAGUUGCCAAGUUGGGGCUGUUCUUAAUUUUGUUAUUUACCUUGAUGUUUAGAUUUCUUAAGUGUUUUAUAAGCCUACGUACGCAGUUGAAUACGAUUUCAAAACUUGGUUUGGAAAGUGAAUCCAACACUAGCUACGCCAUUAGGUUGUCAGAGAUGAUGCCGUCAGCAAUUCCGAACGAGAAUACAGCGGUGGCAAAAUUUGGUGCGCAACAGCAAUUUGACAAGAACGGGCAAGAAUCUCAUGAUGACAAAUCUCACCAAGGUAUCUCAGGCUAUUUUACAUCGCUCGAAUAGACCUGAAAAACAUCAGAUAUAUCAUACCGUCCGGUUUUCUUACAAGUUAUGAACUUAUAAUGCGCUGAGGGACAAGUAUAUUAAAUAACUUUCGAUAUUUAUAUAUAAGUAGAAUUUUCACCCAAUUACCUAGCAACUGACGGAAUGGUUCAUGGUUUAGUAAAGCAAAUAAUGUGUCUUGAUUUAUGCGUAUAUCGCGAGUAAGUUAACGCAAACGAUGUAAUAAAGAAGUUGUCACGUAUUUGGAAAACAUAUUUCAUAUAUUGAACAUCGAGAAAUACUGUAGACGUAUUGUUUUGGCGUGCACGUAUACUGCAAUGUGAUUACGACAUUGCUACGCAAAUUCCACAACCUACACAACCUCAGUGAAGCAAAACCAAAUUUGCUUUCUAUUAAGAAUUUAGAGUAAGAUAUAUGGACGACAUUGCUUCAGCUAAUGCUUAUAGUUACUUUAGAAUUGUAACCAUGCCUAAACCUCAACUCCCAUAUUACAGCGCGGACGGAAACAUCAGCUAAUCGAGAAAUACUAAGUGUCAAUCAAUUCUAAAUUUGGAGUGUUUUCUUGCUUUUUGUUGUUUUACUAAUUUAACAUUUGGCAUGAAAUUAGAAUUUCAAAUGAGGCAAUGGCAUGGUCGGGUGCUUGCAUAUACCUCGCGUCGCUUUGUUCCUCAUAGUUGGAUGCGACGCUUCGAUGGGAAUUUCUAUCUGACCAUUAUUCACUAAUAAUUAUCGAUAAAAUGAGAUAAGUUGUAAACUGACUUUGUCGUUGAAAGCAUAUUUAUUGUUGGCACACUAAUUUACGACUGAUCAGGGUUUUUUAUAUGUAUGUUGAAUUUUACAGCAGUUGGAUGUUGCCAUUUGGUUCUAUAUUAAGCCAGAAAAUAAAGAAUUGGGAAGUUAGGAACGGGCGCGUUUUAAUUCUAUACGAGUCCGAAAAUUCAGCACCUUGUACUUUCUGACAACUCAAUUAAAAGUGGUUGAAACCAUUGCAAAACAUUGAUAUUACACAUAAAAAAUUAGUUAUUCGUUUUAACCAUCAUCCAUCAUCAUAUAUGACAGAAAGUAAGUGAAUACCGCUGUUGUUUGCGAAUGACUGAUAUGCUAUCUAUUUUGGGCCCAGUUAAGGCCCGUAAUUUUGCUGCAACUUGCAAUGCAAUUGCGGAUAGAGAGCCAUGUUACAUAGAAAUGUGAACAUGGCCCGCAUUCUACUCGGACGACACUUGUCUUUGCAUAGGCAUACCUGUAGCUCAGUCGUCAGGGACGUACGUAGCGACCAGGGGAGUGUAACCCCCCCCCCCCCCCCCCCCCCAACUGUAAAACUCAGGUAAAAAUCAGGUAAAAUUCAAGUAUAAGGUAAAAUUCAAGUUUAAAUUUUGAUAUAUUUAAGUUAAAUUUGCGUAAUAUUGCGUAAUAAAGUCGUUAUUUUUGUGAAAUGAUAACCAUUUUUGUAAAAUACAGUCAAUUUAGAUCCAAUUCGUUUGCGAAUUUGCUUUAGAAAACGCCAGAAAUGCAGUUCUGCAGCUUCAAAAGCGUAAACAUUUUCUGUGGGAGGGCCCCCAGACCCCCUUUUUCUUCUGAAACUUAGUAUGACAGUGGAAAUUAAUCAGAAAAAUUUAUAUUAUAAUUAAAACGCUUCAGGUAAAUUUUUAACAUUGAAGAUCAAAUUUCAGGUAAAAUCCUCCGACCCCGUCCCCUCUCCCCAACUUCAGAUGCAUCGCUACGUCCCUGAGUCGGUCGUAAGGGAUGAAAAAUGGAACAAAAUAGAUGGUGGAGUAAACUUACUGUCGACCAUGCUCACAAUUCCCUUGCUACUAUACCUUUUAGGCAACAUGGCUCAACAUCAGAAAUUGCAGUUGCAAGUUGCAUCAAAAAUUGCCUCGUGUAACAUGGCCUUUGUAAUCGCCGUAUAAGCUGCUUCAACUGGCCCCAUGCAGUAUGACGAAUGAUUCGCUAUUUAAAAAUAUUAAUAUAGACCUUUGAUUGGUUCCUCAUAGGUAAUCCUUUCCCAAUACCUCGGUAUAAGAUGCAUGUCAUGUUCGUUUGAUUCCUCGUCAAAUCGCAAGCUAUGAUGGGUGAAGAGCAUUCAUCCGACUCCUCCCAUUUCAAAUAUACAGCAUACUAAUUACUGAAUGUCUUUCAUUAUUAUUUGUAUCCGAUACUGCAAGAGUUGCAUCUCUACUUAUCCACGCAAUUAUUAAUUCCGACAGCAGUGUACAAUAGUCUGAUUAUAAUUUUUCCUUUUGUCGGCUCAACUGACGAACACUGGGUUCAGGUUUCCUUAAAAAGGCCAUUUUAAUAAGUGGUAGCUGUUACUGAACUGCCUCUGAAAGAAUAUUUUAGAUAGAACUGACAAAGGUUUCUAUAGAGUAUGUGAAUAAAUUAAUUUCCUGGACAGUAAAUAAUCUGCAUAAUAAUUAUUAGCUACACAUGCAUGUAUAAUUCUCUGCUAGUGCUUUACGUGUUUCAACUCCAGUAUAGCCGCUAUAGGUCAGUAAAGGCGGUUUUCCACAAGCGAAUUUGUUCGCGCGAAGCGACCUUUUCUUUUGUCGGCAUCAUUUGCCACGUCUUGCUGACGUAAUAAGCGAUACUGACAAAGGAAAAAGGUUGCUUCGCGCGAAAAAAUUCGCUAGUGGAAAACCGGCUUUACUCAGUUAGAACAAUUUAUGUGCAUAGAAUUGGAAAUGCCCACAUCCACCAGCGGCAAAUGUUGCCUGCUGCAUUCAGACAGCAAAGACAAUGCAAUGAAUGUAUAAGCACACCAUAUGAACACCGUGCUAAUGUGAAAGUCGAACGAACUAAAACUAUAAAUCGAGAACGAACUAAAACAGUAAAAGUCUAAAACUCAUAUAAAUCACUUUGUAUGAUUGCUUGCUGCAUUGAAACAACAAUAUAAGGGCAUGAGUGAUCACUGAUCAGAACACCAGUUGAAGCAAAGUCGGGAUCAGUAUCGAGAAUGAACUAAAACUGACACUGACUGAAGUUAAAUCAGUUUAAGUGCAGGUCAAAUUGUGUGAAUUCUAUAUAUAGUUAUAUGUUUGAUCAGUUAAAAUAUUCACCGAAACUAAUGACCAUGACCAUGGGCAUGGGACUGAACUGAGAUUAAGGAUUAAAGCCGCGUGAAAGCCGAACGUAGGCGAUUUUAAUUUAAUGACUGUGCAAAACUACAAAUCAUCCCAAUUUUGUUCACUGAAACAUGAAAUGUUAUGCUCGUUCACAACCAUUGUCUUGACAACACGUUAAACAGUGUUCGGAUAUAUUAAUAAUAAUUGAAUUUUAUUGUUUACGUGCAUACAACGCAUAAAACAUUUUUACAAUUAAUGCAUUUUAUAGCUACAUUAAAACAAGUUAUUAACAUGAUAUUUAUAACAUCCAGCCGCUGAUGUAGUUUAUCUAUUAUGGUAUUAUUCACAUGCAAUAUUCAACAUGCAUGCAAGUAACAACAAUCCAUGCAAGAUGGCAGACAAGUUUAGUAUUGAUUUAUGAUAUUUGAGUCAAAAUUUGUACUACAAGUAAAAAUGUUUUCUACCUGAUUUUAAAAAGUUCUUUCAAUUAAGGCCUAUUUUUUAUUGCAUGCCAUAUAUCUUUUAAAAUGUAUAUCGUGUAACACACGCAAAUGGAAAUUUGCGCGCGGGGAACGGGAGAGACUCAUCAAUUGGCAGAAGACUGCAGAGGACAAGUCAGGAUCUUGGAGUAAUCAUGUUACAAUAGCCUAGUAACGAUAUUUUUCUUGAGCAAAUGGACUAUGUCGGUCUUUUAAAAGGACAAAAUAAUUUUCAGACCGUGUAUAGAUUGAAAGACACGCAGUCUAUAUAUGAGACUUGAAAACAUGACGUUUAUAAGCGUCUACUGAAUCAAGUUAACAGAUUAACUUCAGAGAAGUACCCAUAAGAGAUUUCUGGUGUUCAACCAUUGUCAUGCAUUGACGAACGUUACAACAAUUGAACAUAUAAUAUAUGAUUACAUAUAGGUAUAACGAAAAUAACUGCAUGAAAAGACGCCCUAAAGCAUAUAUUGCUUGUAUGUAUAUAUAUAGCUCCCUCUGUCUGAACUCUUAAUUUAAUACAUACAAUUACAAUUGUCCUUCAUUCUGAAGAAGGUCAACUAGUUUCGGACACACUAAGCAAUGAUAAUCUGUACAGCGGAUUUCGAAUUUAUCUAAUAUUUUUGCUCGGAUUGUGGAUUUUGCUUGCAAUUUAGUUCGGAUCCUAGAUUGUGACUUCAUAGUAGAGCUUUUAGCGGAUCCAAAUUUAGACAAGACCAUUGUCGGACGGCGAAUUUUGCUUCAAAUUUGGGCGGAUAGGCGGAUUUGUAUACCCCUAUUCACCCCGUAAGUUGCCUGCGUUGGUAUACGAGACGUAAUAAACACAAAACAUACUUGACACGGGCCAGUUGCUUCGCUCGAUAUUCAAGCAAUGUUAUACUGUAUGUAGUUCCUUAUUGAAAUUCGCUUGUAUACUGUAAGUUCUUCAGAAACAUUUGUCCAUGCCUACAUGCAUGCUAGUGUGUUUCUAGCUUUAUCUUAUACAGUUAAUCGACAAAAUACAGUUUGAACGCACCCAAAUUAUUCACAUAAAUUUACCAGUAAUUAUUUCAGACAUGACUAGUUGACGUAAGGAACAAGUGAUUUUAAAAUAUUCAUUACGUUUCUUUAAGAUGAACUCAGUGAAGCGGCAACAAGAAGUGGACAAACCUCGUCAAACCACAGCAUUUUAGUACCAUCUUCAUACAUGGCUACUAAAGGGAAGGACGAAGCAAUGUAUCCCGUUAUAAAUAAUGUGCGAACUUUGCAAGUACCAAGGCAUGGUAUAAAACAACAAGGAGACCUGAUGUCUACAGUGGUUUAUAGCAUGCCAUCAGAGCGAUCUGGACAAAUAAAGAACUCUCCAGCUCAACCUGCUUACAACGGCCAAACGUCGUCUCUGAGAAACACACAAAUAGUUCCUCAGAGACCGCAGGAUCUCUUAGAUAACAUAUCAAUGGACGUGGCACAAGCAAAUGUCAAGAGUAGCGCGCAGUAUCGUAAAUCGUACGCGUUUAAAAUCUGGCGAGACAAAGGAAGUUUUCCAUAUCGGCUUGCUGAACAACCGGUCGUCAAAGAGGUAGUCCAACGAAAGAAAUCUAAGAAAUGCUUGAACGCAAUACGAGCCCAGAAAGAUCGAGAAAAAGAAGACGCGUGGAAAGAAUUUAAGAGUUGUAGAGAUACAAAUAACGAAAUGAAACACAGAAGAAUUUCUAAGUUUCCACACAAUAUUCGAGUAGAAGGAACUUCAAUGAAACAUCACGAUGAAGGGCAGUUGGACACAAUAUUAUCAGAUUCCCAAGAUAACAAUCCUAAAUCAAGUCAUACGAGGCACCAGAACAGCAUUCCUGACUACUUUAAAAAUAAGAAAGAAUCUGCCCAGAAAUCCCAACGCUUAGCUUCGCCGACGAAAUCUAUCCCGGCCUCCGUGAUUCAUGUACACACAACGAAAGCUUGUCAAGUUUCUAAACUAACCACUCAAGCUGAACAGAGUAUGAUCACGUCUGAUAAUGGCCAUGGUGUUUACAAUGUUUUGAAGUCAACAGCGCAAACAACAGUUCUGUUGGAAUCAAGCCCAACUUCUAAAGGGAACUUAGUGCUAGGUAACAAGGAUAACGGUAUUUUCCAACGGUCUGAUACACAAGCUUCCUCCAACGGAAAGUGCAAUAUACAUGUUCAAGGUCAGGAACAUGUACAAUUGAAUCCCAAUGCAGUGAACGACAGACAGAAAAUAACAGAGACAAUUUCUGGAAGUGUUGCAGACAGUUCAUGCCACAUAAAAGGAAGAAAUUAUGUACCUGAUAUUCAGGGUAAACAACAGGAAGAUCGUUCUGGUAAACCACACACUUCAAGAAGCUUGUCCACUACUUCAUACAUAUUAGCUGAUAACUCAGUGAAAAGGCGUGAAGAUAUUGAGAUAUUAUCGACGGAACGCAAUGUUAUCAGUGAUCAGUCACUCAGCCCAAGUCAAAUGCAAGAGGCCAACUCUGAAAUAGACAACUCGAAUUUAGCCUCAAUUAUAAAGAACUCCUUAGCAAAGAAAUAUAGCAAAGAGAAUGUGAAACCUGACUUAGGCUUUGCAGCUGUUGAACGAGGCAGGAAACGAGUAAGAAAUGAAGUACCGAGCAGUGAAGAGGGAGAACGCCAGCGGAGAAGAACAAAACAACAAAAGGCAACGAUGUUUACACGUCUCGAUGAAGCUGUUGCUACAAAUCUUGCUGAUGGGAUACAUAAUGUCAACUCAGAGUAUUUUCCAAUAGAAGCUCUGGCUAAUAAAGCAGCAAAAGAAACGAGCACGGGUGCUUCUGACGGUAUGGAGAGAAAAAUGCCCAAAACAUCCAUAAAACACAAGGUUGAUGAGAUUGAACGUGCACGGUAAGAUUUUUUACUUAUAGUCUUGUUUGAAAAUAUUUCUUGUUAUAAAUAUUGAUUAUUGUUUAACUCUUUCUAGUAACGUUAAAAAUGUUUUUGUGACAAAAGACCUCUAUACUCUUUGACGUUAGCUUUAUUUUUUCUCAGUGGGGGAUCCAGUGUUGCGGUGGCUUUUCAUGUUUGAAUCACCUGAAAAAGAUUUUUAAUCAUUACUUACGCUAUAUACUUACCCUAGCUUCAACAAAGGUUUUUGGUCGAAACGUGUUCUUAAUCUUUAAUUUCAGGUAUAGUUCAUACACGGCAACACUAGCUACAGUACAGCUUAUUAUAAAAGAUAUGCUACGUCACCAAUACGGCACUAGAAUAGCCUGCACCACACUUAACUGACAUUUAAUUGGUUUGGGAAGUUUUUAUAAUAACGGAAAUAUAUAUAUAAUAUAGGAUGAAUUACAAAGCCGUUUAGAACUUACAAUUAUAAACCGCACGUUUGCUAGAAGUCUAAUUUAAAAUGAUUUAUGGAAUUACAAUAUGGUUCUAGAAAGUUGUUUCUAGAGAAGCAGAGUUCAAUAUGGGAGAAAAACUAUUCCUAAACAUAGAAGAUUUUAUAACGUAAGGGCGCGUAAUUUCAUAAUUUCAAUAUACAAUAAUAUUUUGG